AUGGCGGGCAAUGGCACCAACGACGUCGGCGCACUCAAGCAAGCGCACAUCCUCGACGGGACACCAGAAGACCUCCAGAAGAUCGCUGAACAACAGAAAGUUGAGAGGGUGAAACAGGUGUACGAGAGCCAGUUGAAGAUCUCUGCGAGGUUCAACCAGCCGCCGCCGCCGGUGCCGGUGGGUAUUGCGCAUUUGUUUCCGGAUGCGGUGCAGGCACAGCAGAAGGCGGCGGCGUCGCAGAUGGAGGGGAGGAAGAGGAAUUCCGAUGGAGAAAUUCGACCUAGCUGGUAUCACAGACAAACAGCAAAGACUAGGUCCCAAUUCGGCUGUGACACACAUCAUCAUCCGGCAAGGCUGAUGCACAUUGGUUGCCUACACUGA